AUGUUUGACUGCCACCAGUCAUUCCAUCCUCUCUAUGAAAUAGAGCAGGCACCACCUACAACGUGUUCCGAGUCGAGAAAUGUUGGAUUCAAAGGCUUCAGCUUUGGAAAAACAGCCCUGUCCCUACACAUAUCCCAGGCCGCCAUUGCAAGAAGGUUUAAGGAAGAACCAAAUGCAUCUAACAGCAAUGUGAUAUCAGAUAUGGAAGAAUAUACCGGUUAUGUCCUGCAAAUUGAACAGGAUGCGAAGCUUUCAAAGAGAAUAUUACGAAAUGCGCUCAACUCUAUAACUCGACUUCUUCAAGAGUCUGAAAAGAAAGAGCCAAGGAAUCUUAUGAAGCUUCUCGAGAAAUCUACAGGAUUCUAUGGAGUAAUAGAGUUUGACAAUGAUGGAGUUCCACAUUUACAUCCAGAAGAAACCUAG